UCGCAAUUGAAUUGCCGAUUUUACGGGCGAUGGGCGAAUCAAGUGCUAAAUAAAUUACACGAGUAGCGUAAACACAUGAAAUUAUGUCUAGACUGAUGGAAUAAAUAACGUUCACGCGAUUCGUUCGUUGGUAAAUUUUCCAAAGUGCAAGUACAAGCGGCAUCGACAUGAGUUUCACGUCGUUUUUCAAGAAGAGACCCCACAAAGAAGAAAACAACAUCGUCGUAAUAGGCACUCCGACGAACGUUAAUCAUGAUAUACACGUUACGGUGGACGAGAAGGGCCUCGUCACCGGAUUACCGUCUGCCUGGAUGAGGCAAAUCGGCACCCAAAUAACCAAAGACGAGCAAAGGGAAAACCCGUUAGUCGUUAAGCAAGUUUUGCAAUAUUACCACUUCUCCAUAAAGAAGGGCAACCAGGAGAGGCCAGAAUUUAAGCAUAUCGUUACCGAGAGGGAUAUCGUGGAGGAAUCCAAGCAAAUCGACCUUUAUACUCAAUCUAAGGAUGCACAUCAAAGCAAAGAUUCCCUAUCCGAUUCGGAUAAGGAGCAAAAGGAAAUCAAUCGGUGUUCGUAUCCGGUCAGGCCUCCGAGAAAAAUCGACGGAAGCAACUUGAUCCAGACGAAGAACCUAGCUCAAAACCUGGUCGAUUUGACGUUAGUGGAAAACGAGGAAGUGGAAUUUCGAGAUAAAUCGGGCUCGAGCGCCGAUUUGUUCGGGGACGAUGACGUAUCGAGACGGCGCAGCGGCCUCACCGACGAGGACUACAUGAUAGAAAUACGUAAGAUUUGCAACACGGGCAAUCCGGACGAUUACUACGAACGGAGCCACAAAGACUUGGGCUCGGGCGCUUCGGGCCUGGUGUUCGCGGCCACUUGCAAGAAAACUGGCGAAUGGGUGGCCAUCAAAGACAUCGAUAUGACGAAGCAACACAAGAAGGAUCUUCUGUUAAGCGAAAUUAAAAUAAUGAAGAAUUUCAAACAUAAGAAUUUAGUCAAUUUCCUCGACGCUUUCGUCGUCAACGACGAUCAUUUGUACGUGGUGAUGGAGCUACUGGACGGCGGCCCGUUGACCGACGUCGUCACCGAAACCGUCAUGAAAGAGGGACAAAUCGCCGCCGUUUGCUUCGAAGUAUUAAAAGCCAUCGAUUAUUUACACGAACGGGGCACCAUCCACAGGGACAUCAAGUCCGAUAACGUACUGUUAGGCAUGGACGGUACGGUGAAAGUGACCGAUUUCGGUUUCUGCGCCAACGUGAUCGGUAACGAGCAAAGGGAAACCAUGGUCGGUACGCCCUAUUGGAUGGCCCCCGAAGUGGUUACUAGACAGAAAUACGGUAAGAAAGUCGACAUUUGGUCGUUAGGUAUAAUGAUCGUCGAGAUGCUCGACGGCGAGCCGCCCUAUCUGCGCGAGCCGCCCUUGAGGGCGUUGUACUUGAUCACUGCCAAUGGAAGGCCGAAGAUAACGAGAUGGAAUACGUUGUCGGAGAAACUGAAGAGUUUCAUAGAUCUAACGUUGCAAGUGGACGUCGAUAAGAGGGCCACCGCCAAGGAAUUGUUGCUCCACGAGUUUUUGGACGAGAAAAUGGAGCUGAAAACGCUCACUCCUCUUAUUAGAGCGGCUAAAAAAAUGUUGCACAAAACUUAGGGAAAUCUACUCAAUUAGUUUAAUAGCGACCACGCACCUUUGGCUCAAUAAUUGCUUUUAAAUAAUCCUUUCGGGCCGUGCAAUUACACUUACUUUGCAUAUCGGAAUGUUGCCUACAUUGCAUUUUUUUUAACCUACUCUUAAUUGUAUUUUUGUUGAUUUCUUUUGUAUUUUUCAUUUGUAAAAUCGUUUUAAAAUUUACCAUCUAGGGAAAAAUCGAUGUUUUAUAAAUUUUUUUAUACUUAUUAAUAUGGGUACAUACCCAAAGGUAAAGUUAUAAUUACAAUUCAUGAUUGAGGCAUUUAAUUGGCUAUUUAACUAAUCUUUUGUUAAUCACUGGGCAUUCGCAUUAAGUUGAGUUAAUCACCCCCCGAGGUUGACUUAUUAAAUUUAUAUUCUAAUUUGAGGCUUUGAGAAAUUCUAUACAGGAUGACCUAUAAAAAAAGCAGAGUUCGGGUAGAAAAAAUUGAUUUUAUUUGAUUGAUGAUUGAUAAACCAUCAUCAUAUUAUUCCAUCCCUUUGCCCCAGCGACCCCCAACCCUUAAUAAUUGAAUAGGGAAUAUGAGUAUUAUAAGAAGAAAAGAAAGGUUUCUUUUUUCUGAAAAUAACAAAAAAAAUAUCAAAAUCCGUCGAUUCGUUUUUGAAAUUACAUUUAAAUUUACCUUUAAAGGUAAGAUGUCCCCUCGAUAUAGAAAUUGUCGUCUUUUACAUCGAUUUUCCAAAAAUCAAUUUUUUGUACGCAAAAACACCUGUUUCCUUUUCAAUGGGCCACUCUGUAUAUUAAAAUUUGUAAAUGUAUCGUAGACGAUAUCAGUGUGCCUUAAUUAUUUGUUGGUUUUAUAUAAAAUUAUGAAAGAUUCGCCUUUCGAAGUAGUAUUAAAUGUGGUUUGAUAGAUAAAAGCUAUAAGAUAAUUUCUGCUUAAUUCAGCGUUUAUUCGGAGCUUUAUUUAAUAUUUUUUUCGCAUUUAUAGUUACAAUAAAUAACUUUUUGUUUUUGCAUAAGAAAGUUAAGUUUUAGGUUGCAAAAAAAUCCCUGAUUAUUUCUAUUCUAUCUGCAAUAUAUUGCUGGUUUUUUAUAUAAUCGAGUAUGAUAAUUGUUUUUUAAUAUUUUUUUAAUAUUUAGGCCUAAUCUAACUUUUCAAGUGGGUUGUUAAUUUUACAUUAACAAUCCAUAUCUUAUAGACUGCUUGCUUCUCCAAAAAAUUAUUAUCAAUGGGGACUUUUCCAAGUAUUCAAUUAUUAUUCCAUCCAACUUUUUGAUGUAAAAGUAUUUUUUAUAACCGUGCAAUUUGCGCGAUUUUUUAACAUUUGUAUUUAAAUAUAAGAGAUGUGAUCUAUUUAUAGUAUGAAUAAAAAAAUAUCAAAUGAUUUUGAUUGAAUUACAUAAAAUGUGAAAUAUUUAGGACCAAAUAUUUUUAUACUUGUAGG